GCAUCCAGCAUCCAGCCUUCGUGCCGCCUUGAUUCGCCAUCUCCGCAACAACAAUGGCUUUGGAGGCUCAUCUGCAGCAAGCGGCUCUGUUGAAGAAGGUGGCCGAGUCCAUGAAGGAUCUGUGCAAGGAUGUGAACUUUGAUUGCUCCGAGAAGGGCAUUGAGGUGCAGUGUAUGGACUCUUCCCACGUGGCCUUGGUUUCCCUGUUGCUGCGCGAAUCUGCCUUCUCUGAGUUCAAGUGUGAUCGUCCCGUGUCGCUGGGGAUGAACAUCGACUCCUUGUCCAAGAUCUUGAAGAUGACCGGCGCCAACGACUCCCUGAAGAUCCGCCAUCAGACGGAUGCUGACACGGUGAACUUUCAAUGCGAGGGCUCGGACGAUCGCAUCGCAGAUUUUGACUUAAAACUCAUGACGAUUGAAAGCGAACACAUGGAGAUCCCUGAGCAGCACUACAAGGUGGUGGCAAAGCUUCCCUCCGCCGAGUUCCAGAAGGUUUGUCGCGACUUGAAGGAGUUCGGUGAAACGAUUCAGAUCCAAGGAACAAAGGAAGGCCUGAAGUUCAUGGUGCAGGGUGAUUUGGGCAGCGGCAAUGUGAUGUUGAAGCCCCGUGAGGGCGAGAAACCCGAAGAGAAGGUGUCGCUCACCGUCCACGAACCGGUCACAGCGACCUUUGCCCUGCGCUACCUGGUGAACUUUUCCAAGGCCGAGAAACUCUGCGGCUCGGUGGAGCUUGGGUUGGGGCCUGAUGCUCCCCUGCUGGUGAAGUAUGACUUGGAGUCCUCUGACAAGGGGCACAUGCAGUUCUACCUGGCCCCAAAGAUCGAUGAGUGAGGCAACAAAAAGUUGGCAUGAAGGGUGAUGGGUUCUCGGGUGCGUUUAGCAAGAGAUUGGCUCUGUGAUCAUGGCCCGUUGCUUUGUUCAAUGGAUCCUUUUGCUGGAUUUGUUUCGUCGAAACAAAUGGCUUUUGGCC